CUAUCGAAUAACAAAACGGGUACACGCGGUACGGCCCUGACUGAGUUAAAAGGAGGCAUUCUACCGUGAUAAAUUUUACCAUCGCUGCGAGUGGGGCGGCUCUGCUCACUCGGAGAAAGUGGCGUUAGUUCAUAUAUACCGUGGCGCGCGGGCCAUCGCACGCAUUUUCGAUAUCGCUGUUGCUAAUUUCGAUUCCUCCAACGCUACAACGUUGACCACGUUGCGUCCUCCCGACACCAGCCAGGAUGACGUCUCUAAUCGGGCUCGCCCUCAUCUCCGCUUGGAUCACCGGGGCUGCCUUCGCCGAACUGCCGCCUGGUGUAAGGCCGUGUCCACGAACGAACGACUUGAUACAAUACAACGUGUGCGUGCUCCAACAAUUGAACGCCAUAACCCCUUACCUGGCCAACGGUAUCCCCUCCUUGAAGCUGCCCGCCCUGGACCCGCUUUUCCUACCCUCGUUGACGGUGGACAGAAACCUGGAGACGUUGAAGAUCAAGGCGAACAUGAGCCAGAUCCGCGUUUAUGGCGCAACGAAUUUCGCGAUCGACGAUUUGAAGGCGAACCCGAACGAUCUGUCGGUGAACAUCAAGGUUCGACUGCCGCACGUGCACAUGAACGGCAACUACGACGUUCAGGGAAGGCUGCUACUGCUUCCGUUGAACGGGGCUGGUAACUUCAGAGGGAAUUUCACUGACACGAAGGUGGACGUGCAGGCACAGGGCAAGGAAGUGACGGACGCGAAGGGGGUGCAAAAGAUCGAGAUCGACAAGUUGGUGACGAAAAUUCGGGUUGAAAAUGGAAACAUCGAAUUGAAAGCACCUCCCAAUCAUAGUGCAGCGGCCGAGGCCGCGGCAACAUUCUUCAACUCGAAUCCACGAUUAGUCCUGGACAUAGCCAGUCCUAUUAUCGAGGACACAGCGGCGACCGUGAGCAGAGCAUUGGUCGCGAGAGCGUUGAGCGUUCUCACGAAACAAGAAUUGCUUCCCUAGUCUGUUAGAUUAAGAUGCAAGAAGUUUAAUUAUGAGUUCGACACGUUUCGUUAAGGAGAGAUAAUAAAUUAGUGCAAUAAUAUCGUGAUAUUUCACACAGAUGAAAUAUAUUGUAUAUAAUUGAAUAGUGGAUUAAAAAUGAUAAAUGAUUGCGAGGAAUGAGAAAUUUUUCGUGUUAAAAACAGUAAAGAAUAAUUAAACUUUGAAA